CAUCGAUUACUCUGCAGCUACCAAACCCUUCAGAAGUUGCACAGAGAGCGAGAGAGAGAGAGAGAGAGAGAGAGAGAGAGAUGAUUCAGCUGCUUUUCUCGCUCCUAUUUGUGGAAGUGGCUUUGGUUCUGCUACUCUUAGUAAAAACGCCUCUGCGUAAGCUGGUGAUGAUGGGCCUCGAUCGGGCCAAGAGAGGCAGAGGCCCACUCAUCUUGAAGACUCUGGGAGGGACCAUCUUCGUCGUCUUGGUUUCCACUGUUUACAGCAUGGUGGAGAUCCAACAGCGGUCCACCGAAUUCGGUGCCGUCAGCCCCACCGAUCAGCUUCUCAUGGCCCGCCAUCUUCUAGAAGCAUCUCUCAUGGGUUACUCCCUAUUUCUUGGACUAAUAAGCGACCGGUUACACCAUUAUAUCAGGGAACUGCGAGCGAUGCGAAAGAGCAUGGAGGCUAUGAAGAAGCAGAACAGAGGGUUUGAAGAUCGAAAGAGUGGGAGUUCGGAGGAGUCAAAAGCACUGGAGGAAGAAAUUCAAACUCUGAGGAUGAAAGUAAAGCAACUCCAAUCAGAAGCCGUGUUGAAGGAGAGAGAUGUCUAGGCCACCGAAUCUGUUGCGGUGG